AUGGAGAAGAAGGGUAUCCCAAUUACCCUAGAUUCUGGUGAGUUGUGUGUUAAAAUUCCCAAUAUGGUGGUCCAGAGAAACCAAAACCGGUGGAAGGACUUCAUUAUAGGCCAGUUUCACGGUAAUCUCCCCUCCAAAGGAGCCCUCUACGCCAUCCUUAAUGGAAUUUGGAGCCGAAAGCGAAGGGACAUCACCAUCUCCAAGCAAGGUCCAAAGUCGGUGCUCAUAAGAAUUCCAUGCGAGGAAACACGCAAAAGGGUACUUGCUCAACGAGUGUGGCACAUUGAAGGCCAAUCUAUGUUCGUAGCGGAUUGGGAGCCAGAUCUUUCCCCGGUGAUGCCAGAACUAACUGAAGCUCCAGUCUGGUUAGAAUUCCGUGGAGUUCCACCCCAAUUCUUCUCCCAGGAAGCAUUGGAAUACAUAGCGGGUUUGGUUGGUCAUCCAGUCUUUUGUCAUCCUUCUACGAUCAAUCUCACGGAUUUAGAAGUUGCGAAAGUGUUCACGAUAGUCAAUAUCACCAAGCCUCUUCCAGAAGCGGUCAAUGCCCAAUUCGAAACGGGAGAAACAUUCAGGAUUGUUGUAUCCAGUCCGUGGCUUCCCCCUAUAUGUGCUUUCUGCCAAGGAGUUGGUCACUCUAUUAAGCGGUGUCCCACGGCUCCAAUCCUUUGCAGCUUCUGCAACUCAACCUCCCACUCCAAGGAAGCUUGUACUCGGGGAAGGCAUGAAGGGAAAACUACAGCUGAAGUCCCCAUGGCUCGCCAAAGAAAGAACCCUUCAAGGAGGCGUAAGGAACAUACAAAACGUCGCUCUGAGGGAGUGGAGAAUCCUCCUAUUGAUCCCUCUGUCUCUCUACAAAAGGAAGGUAACCUCGAAAUCGACAUCGGCCUUACUUCAGUUCACAAAACUGCCAAGUCGGGUAUGAAGAAAGCUGCAUCUAGACGUCUCCCACCCUCGUCUUCCUCCUCUUCAGAUGCCGCGUCUCUAGAGGAAUCCUCUUCUUCAGACUCUCCAUCCGAAGAAGAUGAUAAUCCAGAUGACAAUGACAAGUUUAUGAAGGUCCUGUCUAAGAAGGAAAAGAAAAAAGAGAGGCGCUAUGCGCAGGCUUCCAAUGCCAAUUAUGAGUUUGCUGAGCUAGGAAGAAUCUGGAUAGUAUGGCAUCAUUCAGUGAAGUUAGUGAUCCACUCCAAGUCUAAACAGAUGAUGACUUGUGUUGUUCAACUUCCUGGGGAGGAUAGUGAGUUCGUGAUCUCUUUUGUGUAUGCUGUUAAUCAUCGUAUGGGGCGUCAGGAACUAUGGGAGGAGAUAUGCGCUUUGUCCCGUGACCAGUCAGUCAAUACAAGACCAUGGGCUCUUCUUAGAGAUUUUAACCAAACUUUGAGUCCCGCAGAACACUCUUCGGGAGGUACCAGAAUUAAAAGAGGAAUGGAGGAGUUCCGGGAAUGCCUUGCCUAUGCGAAUCUACAGGACCUCACCUUUAGAGGGAAUCAGUUCACUUGGUGGAAUAAGCAAGAGACCAAUCCGAUCGCCAAAAAACUGGAUAGAGUUCUUGCUAAUGAUGAGUGGAGGAUUAAGUAUCCACUUUCCUACUCCCAGUUCUAG